AUGGAAGAAAUUUUUUUAGUUAAUCCUCCGGAAGUGCCACUUUGGGGAUUCUGGGUAAAACACGUGGCGACCCCUGUGGUUACUGCUGUCGGACUGACCGGAAAUUCGUUGUCUUUCUUAGUGAUGUGCUACUCCCAGAGACUGCGCAAGCAAUCGUACAGUCAACUACUAUGUGUACUGGCCGUCUUUGACAGUCUUAAUUUGAUCAUCAACCAAGUAGAACUGGCAGAUGAAAUGGUUGUGUAUAAAUCCGGGCAUCAGUUCAGCUUCUAUACAGACCUUCCAAACAGUGUAUGCAAGAUUUAUAACUUCUUAAAGCACGUUUUUCUUCUUGGAUCAUCUUGGUUAAUUGUGUGCUUAUCAAUAGAAAGAGUUCAAGCUGUGUGUUUCCCCUUCAAAAGAACAUUUCUUCGUAGAAGGUUUAGCGUUGCGAUUCUCGUAACAAUAACCAUGGCCAUCUUGUCUUUGACACAGAUCUUCAGGAUUCUAUUCAUAGAGAACGUGAGAGGAUACUGUAUGGCGGUAGAGGAAUACUUAUCCCUGUAUGUUCAUCUACACCAGUACGGCUAUCAUCUUAGUCUACUGUUCGCUUUACCCUGCGUCAUCGUUCUCUCGUGUAACUUCGCGGUAAUCUACCAGAUUUACGUCAUAAAGAAAGAGGCAGGAAAUGACUGUCCGCCAUCUUUAGGCAGCACGAGGAAGACGACAACCAUGUUACUAUUGAUAGGCUUUGUGUUCAUCAUCACCAUGUUUCCUCAGUUUUUGUGCACGAGUGUCCUUCUGUAUUACACAGACGAAAGCAGACGACAUAUUGGUCAGCACAAAUUGUUGAAGAUGAGGCCAUAUUUGGAACUAUUUUCAGUUGUCAGUUAUACAAACUACUGCAUUAACUUUGGUAUUUAUGUUUUGUGUGGAAGAUCUUUCCGUUGGGAACUAUGUCGUAUGAUCAAGUGUAAUCGACGGAGGAAUAUAUUUAGGGAAGAGCAGACGAAAAGAACAGAGGAAGUGACGCCUUUACAGGGAUAAUUGAAUUGAAACUUCUUCUGUCCGACUCUUUUCUUGCUGAAAGUGUUGGUAAUUAAAACGAAAUCAAACCAUUUAAACUGUGAAGAGGAUUGAAUACAUACAAUGCUCCAUAUAGUCUUUUCUAACAAAGAUUAGAUAUUCUCCGCAUGCGUAGAUCGUAUGAAUUCAUCAUGUUUUAUUUAACAACGUCUGGAUAUAGAGCUCAUGACGUAGCUGAAAAAUACAUGUUGUAGAUAUGAUCCACGUUUUGUAGCUGAUAAAUAUAAAAUUGGUGUUCAUAUUGUUAUUGUCCGGAAAUAAUGACAAAUGAAAUUGUGACUAUUCUGAAAUUAAUAAA